CUUCACGAAUCAUGUCCGGCAAUUCAUGGGAGAAAGUCCCUCUAGGACCAUUUAACUAUGAACUGUGUGCAGAACUCCAUAAUCGCAUCUUCCAGAUCACCUGGGCCGCAACUCCCACCACCUGGUGGGAGCAUUUUCAACCCUCCAAUGAACUCGCCGUGCGGUACCAUCCCAGCUUGGUCAAGUUUCUUCAGCGUGCGUACUACCACCCCGCAGCUCCGGAGUUCUUCUAUUAUCUAGAGAACCUGAAUACUCCGGACGCCUUGAUUGACGAGCACUUCAACGAUAUUUUCGAUGGGAGAGAUUGCUACGUCCACCUACAUCGCGCCACACACUGGAACUACGCCAAUGGCGAUGAAUGGGGAAUUAUAUUCGAUCAGAUCACCUGCAAAGCCGUCUUUGCCGAGGGGCGUGAAUCCACCCACCCAAUCCUCAACUAUGGCCACGGCUUCCGACCGCUCGAAGACAUUUAUGCGGACUACCUGCAGAUGAUCACGGAGAACAAGGUCGAGAUGCAGGUCAAUGGACAAUGGGCCCUGGGAGAUAUUGGGACCGAUAAGCUGGGUCAAGAUUCGUUCGAGACGAUUGGCCCGUGGCGAAUCCAUACAUAUACCGCUGCCGAUGUCGACAAAGCGGUGCAAGCCUUUCAGAGCCUCCUUCACGAGAUUGAAAUCCGGUUACCCAGCAGCAGCGACUCGGCUAAAGCAGAAUCGUCUCCCUCCGCCUCCCUGCCCUGGUCUGACCCCGCCGUGCGUUCGGAAGUCCGCCUGGUGCCCAACAGCUUCAUCCACCGCUAUUGCACGGCAACCAGCACGGCCACCCCCCGCCCGGUCCGCUUCCGCUACAUCGCACCAGGAGUGCGCCUCCCGACCGAGGCGGAAUUCCGCGCCCAACCCUUCCGAGACGCCGAGUACAAGUCUGCCCUCUGGCGUCGGCUGCCCGUGGCCCGCCCCAUCAAACCCAUCCUCCUCUUCCUCGCCGACGCUCCCGACGCCAACGGCUCGGGGAAGACCGUCAUGACCGUCCCCAAGCCAGAUACAAGGCUCAACUCUCUGCUCAGCGGCUUUGGGGCUGGCAACCGACAAUCCCCGCCCCCGCGUCCCGCUGGUCUUUAUUUGACGGCCGACAACCGCGAUGUCAAGAGUUGCGAGAACGGCUGCCGUCUGCUGCUGCCGUUUGGGGUUGGAGGGCACGGCUGGGCCCGCCGCAGUGACGGCACGCGCUUGGGCGACGCCGCCUGGUGGGGUGGGAAGCCGGCGGACGCCAAUUAUGAUCUGUACCAGUGCGAGUUCAAUGGGUUUAUUCCCCUGCGUGACACCCCGCUGCACCAGGUGCUGGAGAGCUGGGCGGAGCGGGUCCGGGCGGGGGAUUGGACGGUAGGGGAGGAUGGGGUGGCCGACGGGGUGGAGCGGUGGCGGGAGGCCGACACGGAGGGGGGCUGGCGGAAGUAUUGGGUUCCAGUGCGGUGGUAG